UUUUUGAGCUCCUUUACAAUUUAAUAAUAAUAUUGGAUUGACAAAAAAACUGUCCACCAUUAGAAUAUGUCCCCUACUGGUACCUUCCCUAUAAUGGACCUGAAAAAUUCCUAAAGACCAGCUUGAGAUCGGUUUCCAAGUCGUCAUUGAAACAACUUAUUGAAACUCUGUGAGACUUUUAAGGGAGUUCAGAGCCGAACAAAACAAAUAUUCUCGACAUGGGUGUAUGGAUUUUGAACUUUCAAAGAAGAAAACGUUUCUUUGCGUUUAAAUUCAUCUGCAAUUUUAUCAAACAGACGACACUCAGCGACCUCCAGGUACACCCAUCAACGCAAAUCUCACAUGAAAUUUCUACACAUUCAAUUCUAUGCAAAAACCUAUCCACAGGCACUUUGGGGUCUCUUUUCCAAGCCUGUAUAGCCCCAACACCACAAUUUCAGAUUUUUCUUUCGGAAAGGCAAGCUACUUCUAGUUGUAUUUUGAGGAAGCAAUUUUACUCACAAACCCUAGUCGCGGAUAAACCCCAGUACGAUGAAUACAAUGAUAACACUGUAAAAUACAAUCCUCUAGCUAAUGAAUUGAAUACAAUUUGCAGAAUAUUAAGUGAUUACCGAAGAGCCCAUCAUGAUCUAGAAGCAGCCCUUAAUGGAUGCUGUGUGAAAUUAUCAGAAGAUUUGGUAGAGCAAGUUUUAAAACGGUGUUGUAAUCUUUGGUUAUCUGCAUAUAGGUUUUUUGUUUGGGCUGGUAAACAACCUGGAUACAACCAUAGCGGUGAAAGCUGUACUGUAAUGGUCGACAUUUUAGGAAAAGUCAGACAGUUUGACACCAUCUGGGAUCUGCUUAUCAAAAUGAAUAAUCAAGGCCUUCCAAUUCCACGCAAAAUUUUUACCAUUGUUGUCAAGAGGUAUGCAAGAGCCCAACUUGCACAAGAGGCCAUACAUGCUUUUAGAAGAAUGAGGGACUUUGGAUGUGAACCUGUAAUUGAAGAUUUCAAUGCUUUGCUCAGUGCACUCUGUAAAAACAAGCUUGUAAGUCAUGCCCAUGAAAUAUAUGAUGAAGUUGGGGUUACAUUUCCUUCUGAUAUGAGAACUUACAAUAUUUUGAUAAAAUCAUGGGGUGAAAUUGGAGAUGGUGCUCAGGCUCUGAGGGUCUUUCAUGAAAUGGCUGAGCGAAAUUGUGAGCCAGACAUUGCUAUUUAUAAUACUCUCUUGGAAUCACUUUGUCAGGUAGGGCAAUUGGAGGAUGCUUACCAGAUUUUAGAUUUGAUGAAGGUUAAAGGACCUAUUCCCAAUAUUUCUACCUAUAGCAUUUUUAUCCAUGCACAUUGUGAAGCAGAUCAGGCAGACGAGGCUUUGAAGGUGCUUUCUAGAAUGAAGAGAUAUGGACUUGUGCCUGAUGUUGAAAUAUAUAAUGCUUUGAUUUUCAGAUUUUGCAUGAUGGACAAAGUUGAUGAUGCAUACAGGCUGCUGGAUGAGAUGUUCUACAAAGGUGUUAAGCCGGAUGUAUGUACUUACAAUACCCUUCAAAGAGUUCAUUGCAAGCACCGUCAAGUCAAAAGAGCUAUGAGGCUCCUUGUUAGGAUGGACGAUGAUGGUUGCAAGCCUGAUGACUAUACUUACAAUAUACUAAUAAAGAUGCUCAUCAAUGUUGGAUGCUUUGACAGGGCUUUAGAGGUUUGGAAUGGCAUGGAGGGCAGGGGCUUUUAUCCUUCCGUAACAACUUAUACCACACUGAUACAUGGGUUUUGUAAGAGACUGAAAUAUGAGGAAGCACAAAAGUAUUUUGAAGAGAUGAUAGAUGAAGGAAUACCACCUUAUCCCUGUACCUGUGUAUUGCUGAAGAAGCUUCUUCUCAGUGCAAGGAAGAAAUUAAUUGUGCAGGUGCUUGCAGAUAAAAUGCGGAAGUCCACUUCUCGUUCAAUCCAAGAGCUUUCGAAAAUGAUGAAGCAGAAAUCGAAUAAGAAAUCUGGUCAAAGCAAGGUCAAGAUGGCAAAAGAAAUGGGUAGUUCAAAGGCUAUGCGCAUUCAGGAAAAGUAGCUUUUACACGAUCCUGUAGAAAAAGAAACCAUUUUAUAGUAAGUAAUUGCAUUUGUGGUCUUUUGGUUGUAGUUUUACUCUGUUCUACAGUAUUCUACUGAAUGCAUAAUUCCAUUAUUGGAUUCACAAGAAUUGGAAGUCAGUUAAAAAGGAGAAAUAAUUGCUUACCUUGCUAUUCCAUUUGGUGAUACUAUUUCGCCAGAGGAAGGUAGGAUUGGGUUCUUCAUCAUAGAAAUGAAUUUGGGCCCUUUGUAUUGUCAAAGGCGCUUGAUUGCUGAAACCGUUCAGACAGCUACUUGGGUACUUGUUGCUAUUCAUACUUAUUUAUUUGCAUCCUGCUUUAAGCAUUUGCUUUCAAGAGCUGUCGACAGUUUGUGAGAAACUCAAACUUUCUACAGACUAAAGGGAUGGGCUGGCAGAGAUGUAUGAAAUUACAUGGAAGCUUUAAGUCCAGUGUAAAAUUUUGGAAUGUUGAGUGAGAUGUCCCACCUCUUGCCCAAGUGGGUUUUGAGGUGCAUUGAAAGAGGAUAACCCUCAAAAGUUUUAGGUUGAAACUUAACCAUAGAAUCUCAAUCUGUGUAUGGAAAACCAAAAUGGGAGAGUGUGAUUAGAAGGCUAAGUUUUGCUAAUGCGAUUUUUAGGGUAUAAGGAUCUUAUGUUAUUCAUAGGAUUUUUGGAGGGCAUGCCAGGAGGCGGAUGGUUGCUUCAAUGCAAUGUUGACAGUUUCAGACCAGGGGCUAGAAUUGAAAGUUAUAAACUACUGUGGAGCAAAUCUCUGAAUUGUGAAGGUGUUGUAUUGGACAAGCAUAUUUCUUUUAAGGACAAAUUCUGAAUAAAUUGUAAUAACAUUUAUAUCUAUUCUUGGGAUCCAAGAGCGGGAUGGCAAAAAACCUGGGUUAAAGCAAAAGAGAAAUGCGAAUAAUUUGUGAGGUCUAAAGAUGCUGUACAUCUAGACUCUAUACAAGACGUCAAAGAGCACAAUUGUCCACAUGGGAAAACCAGAUCUUAUAAUACUUAUAUCCUCAGGAAGUUUUAUGGAACAUAUCCAUCUGACAAGGUUUCGGCAGAUUAACUAAUAGUUUCCGGGGUUCUCAAGAUUAAGGGAUAAAGGUUGAAAAGGUCAUGCUUGAACUGGAAACAAAGAACAACUGUGAAAGCACAGUUGAUGGCAUGGAGAAUCCUCUGUCAAAAGCUUGUCAUAAUUUUUUUAUCAAAGCAGAAAAUUUAAUCAUUUUGCGGCUUUUGAGACUAAGCGUAUUUUUCAGGGACUCUAAGAUGUUGAAGGCAGCAUUAACAAGAUUGUAAGAUUACAUGUCUCUAUUUACUUGUAAAUAGUUCACUUUGAAAAUUGCUAUUUUGGUGAAGCAUCAGCCUCUUUGCUGUA